AUGAUUGUACCAACCCACCGGAGAGGACCUACUGAUAUUGCCUAUGUGGCAUCACUAGGGGUGAAUAAGCAAGUGAUCUUACCGAUAUGGUAUCACUAUCACACCGUACCAACAUCCGAUGUUUUCCUGCCAGAGGAAAUGCCUUUUUCAGUACAUGUGGUUCGUAGAAGAGGAGGUGCGAUCGAUGGAAUACGUCAAAGAGGAAGACAACGUCGAGAGGCUGAUGGCGAGGGACAGCAGGGAGUUGCACCUGAGGUUGGUCCGCAGCACCCGGCAUUUCCCGGAGGACCGACUGAUACUUCUUUAUUGAUUAGAUAUCGGAAUCAUGUUGCCUGUCAUUUAUGGUUGGGCGAGGAGAGACGACCAAAGUCAACCUUAAAGGUUGUUGCACAUGGCAGCAAAUUAAUAGGAUGGGUUCCGGCAAUGCUCCCAAGGCAGAUGAAUGAUUGGUUAGUUGCAUAUGGUCUAUCAUCUUUGCAGUAUACUAGUUUGGCCAGGGUAGAUACGCAUAUUUUAUCUACUUUUGUUGAGAGAUGGAAUCCUGAAACAUCAUCAUUUCAUAUGUCGUUCGGCGAGAUGACCAUCACGCUAGAUGAUGUUUCAUGUCAUCUUCAUGUACCGAUUAGGGGCGAGCUAGUUGACCCCAAUUUUGUUGUCACUGAUUAUGAUGCUAUCCAUCUAGCUGUUGAGUUGUUUGGUGUUUCACUGAGUGAUGCAACUAGGGAGGCUUAUUCUGUUAGGGGUCCUUACUAUAAAUUGGAUUGGUUGAAGCAAGUUUUUAAGCAACAAAGAGCUGCAGAUAACUUUACAGGUGCUAUGAGAGCAUACAUGAUGUUGCUAUUAGGUUGUACUAUUCUUGCCGACAAGACUUUUACUCUUGUCGAGGCAAAAUAUCUACCACUAUUGAGAUAUUUGGAUACUUGUGGAAGAUAUUGCUGGGGGGCAGCUGCAGUGGUUACUCUAUACAGAUACUUAGGGGAUGCUUCAUUUUAUUCAUGCAAGCAGCUUGGCGUUUAUGCCUCUCUUCUUCAGUGUUGGAUUCAUGAGUAUUUUCCAACUGUUGGAAAGAGAGGUACUUCUGGGUUAUGUGGCAUUGAUAGUCCAAUGGCUAGGGCGAUGAAAUGGGAAUAUAGGCAGGGGACGCAAAAAGUGGAUGACAUCCAAGUUGUGUUAGAUCAGUUGACCCCUCGGGAUACCGUCUGGCUCCCUUUUGAGGAUCAUAGGGAGCACCGUCCUUUUGAUGAUAUCUGUUUGUACCGGGGUGGUUUGAAGUGGUAUGACACACUUGAUGUGGAUGUUGAGUGGGCUACAUAUAUGCAGAGUGUGUUGCAGGUGAUCCGAUCCCACGAUGCUUCCCCAACUGUGUUUGCCACCAUACCAUAUGAGACAGACGAUGAUUAUUUGGCGUGGUAUUAUACGGUGUCACAUCCUCGUUUGAGAGCACCACGAGGUGAUCAGCCGAUGGAGGUACCAGUGCCUGUCUAUGACGAAGGACCGUCUGACCCGAGGUUAUCAUUUAUAUCUCAUGAGCUUCAUCCUUACUUACAGUGUCAUCAGGCAUGUCCUGAAGACGAACAGUUUCUAGAGAUAUUUAGAGCACUCAGACUUGCACAGGGCGGACCAUUACCUAGGGAAGGUCCAAUUACUUAUGACAAUGAGUCUGAUUGA